UUUGACCCAUCGUUCAUUUCAAUAUGUGUAGUUAUAACUUGUUAAUGAAUGGGUGUGUUGAGAAAUGUAUCCCACAAUUUAUUUGGAGGGUAUAGGCUUUGUAAAAGUUGUUGUUUUGAUGAAAUAUUUCAACUUAUCAUCCUCCCUUUUCUCUCUCAGCUCCUCAAGCCACAAGUGGAGAGACGGCGCAGGGAACGAAUGAACCGUAGUCUGGAGGGCUUGAGACACCUCUUGCUUCAAGGCGUACAACAAGAGGGUGGCGCGCAGAGGCGAAUUGAGAAAGCGGAGAUUCUGGAGCACACGGUGUUCUUUCUGCGCAACGUCACAACCGAGGGAACAAGCAAUAGAGAAGGAUGCCAGUUGGGCAACAACGGCUUCAAAGACGGCGUCUCGGCCUGCAUGCAGAGAGCUGUGCGUUAUCUGGGCCAGCAGGAGGAGGGGCUGCGGCCAGAGGCCACGCUAGACGCAGCGCUCGUCGCUGGCUUCGUCUCCUCGCGCCCGGCGAGUCUCACGUACACCGCUAAACCGUGCUCCUCGUCGCCUCAAACGAACAAGUUGCUAUCCAUCCGCCAGCUGAUCAAGUCGAGGCACGGAGAGUCGACGCGAGGUGACCCAAUGGGUGAGGUGGCUGUGUCUCAUCGAUCGCCGGUUCAGCACGCUUCCCCCCCGCUGAGACCGAACCAAGCCGUGGCCCAGUCCCUCUCCCGGUCCGGUUCGUCGCUCUGGAGACCAUGGCCCUGAAACAUCGGGACCAAAACAUCACAAGCCUAAAAAGAAAAUACUUGAACUUAAAAUGACUGCAAAUGCUGCUUUCCCAAAUCAAGAUUUAAUAUAUGCCGCCCGCGUUGUUUUUGACAGUUUGUCCAAGAGAAAUGUCCCCAAAGUGUUGUAAACACUGGUCCCUUGGUUCAUGUUUGUAUUUGAUCGUACAUGUGCUACUAAUGUAAAGGGGUUAUACACUUUAUACAGCAUACGCUGUGUCUGCACAGGCCAAAUGUUUCAGUUGCCAUAUUUAUCAAUUUGCACAUAAUUUAUUUAUAAUGUUUACUUUGUCGAAGAAAAUAAAAUCAAAAAACUAACCAAAUGUCAUUCAUUGUGUCUUGCAACGAGGCACGCGCCUUUCUUUUUUCUGACGAACGUGUGAAGUGUGCGCUCGUGCGCUCACAGCUCAGGUGUGAACU